AGUCCAGCCAGCUGUCCUGCAGCUCCAUCCAGAUCACUCCACAGCCACUGUUGCUCUGAUCCAGUCGGCCCGCUGGGAUCGAGCCGUCGGCGCUGUGUUGGCUCCUCCGCCGCUGCUGCAGGGCAUCCAGCACCGCAAACGCAAGACAGAAACAAAAAAAGGUCAUCUGUCAACAACUGUGUUUUUAUUGAGCCGCAGGGAGAAUAGAAGCGGGUCGAUAGGGGAAUCAGAUUUUGCAGGUUUGCAGACUGUACGCCAGAUGUGAACGGAGCCACGCUCUUCUGCACUGGGGCUGCACACUGCGCAUUUCAUUUAAGUGAGAGGAGCGCCAGACUGAGAGUCUGCACACAAUUCAGGUGGGAGAGACAUGGACCUCAUGAAAAUUGCAGUGACUUUUCAAAUGCUCCUCUGUCCUGCGUGGACUUUAUCCCAUCACUCUUACAUGGACAGCAUCCUCUCAGCCCGCUCAGCUUACAAGUUCCUGGAUGAGCAGUUGAGGUUUGACCCCUGCUGUCUCAUUUCACCUCCUCCUCCACCGCUCUUCCCUCCUCCACCUCAGCAUUUGAAGCGGGACUCCCCUGAGGGUAAUGGGAUGUUACUACCGAGUGUCCAAGGAGGAGAGGGUCAGGAAAAAGGCAAGCCUGCGACACCGAGGUGUUCACCCGGACCUCCAGGACCACCUGGACCACCUGGACCAGAAGGUCCUGGUGGAUUACCUGGUAUAAGGGGGCCGAAAGGGGAGAAGGGAGAACUUGGACGUCCAGGGUCAAAGGGUCGUACUGGUGCUCCAGGCCUUCCAGGGAAACAAGGACUUCCAGGAUGGCCUGGUCCAGGGGGACCCAAGGGUGAGAAGGGGGAUACAGGACUUAUGGGUUUACCAGGACUGCGGGGUUCACCAGGAACGAAGGGUUUAGCUGGUUACAAAGGAGAGAAGGGGGAUCACGGUGACCCAGGCUCAGUGGGAUCAAAAGGCGACAAGGGUUCCAUCGGUUUGGCAGGGAUGCUCGGGCAAAAGGGUGAUAUGGGACCAAAGGGAAUGCCGGGUGUUCCAGGGAAGAGAGGACCAACCGGGCGCCCAGGAAAGAGAGGCAAACAGGGCAUGAAGGGCCAUAUUGGAACACCAGGAGUCAAGGGACCAUCAGGACCCCCAGGUCCCAAUGGCCACCCAGGCCCACCUGGUCCUCCUGCCUCAGGUCUCUAUCUUGUGGGACCGAAGGGAGAGAAGGGUCUCCCAGGUACACCAGGUCGCUGUGACUGUGAUGCCAGUUUUGGAGCAAAUAACGCCCCUUUUGCAAGCUACACACAACAGCAUGGCACCAAUAAAAUCACUGCAAUAUUUGUGGUGAACAGUGAGGAGGAGAUGGGCCGUCUCCAGUUAGAUAACACAAUAGCAUUCAGGAAGGACCAGAGGAUGCUGUACUUUAAAGAUAAAGAUGGAUGGAACGCCAUACAGCCCUUCCAGCCGUUCCAGUCGAUGGAGACGGAGACGGAGAGAGUCGGCGUGUGUGGAGAUGGAAAGGUGCAGGCCCAGCACGGAGAGGAGUGUGAUGAUGGAAACCAAGUAGUCUCUGAUUCAUGUCUCAACUGUAAGUGGGCCUACUGUGGAGACGGCUACCGCCACGAAGGCAUGGAGGAGUGUGAUGGAAAGGACUUCGGUUAUCAGACCUGUAAAUCCUAUCUGCCCGGGUCCUUUGGGCAUCUCAGAUGCACCGACUCUUGCCUCAUUGAUUCUACUGGAUGCAAGUACUUUACCUGAAUUCAAGUUUUUUUUUUUUUUAAAUGGCCACCGUGGAUGUUUGCACUUCUUUCUGAUGAUGGGAAUUAUACUUCAAGUCUCCGCUGAAGUCUUUACCCCUCUGUAAUAACAGAUGGACUGAAAGUGCUAACUGGAAGGUCUUGUGCCUGCUCUGAGCCACGGACAGCCAUGGAAGUCAGUUUUAAACUCUCACCUAGAAGUUAUACUUUGAUUUAGCCUCAGAAAACAGGUCCUUGCUACUAUCAAGUCACUGGCUGCAGCACUGUUACAGACUCUGUGAUGGGGGAAACAUACUAACGAUUUAAUGAUUGUAUCCUGUGAAAAAGUUACAAUGCUUAUGACUUGCCGACUGUUAAUGCAGAAAUAAGCUAUGUCCUCUUUGAUACGGAAAUGGUAAAAAUAGCAUUUUUGAAGAGGCACUUAUAUUAUAGAUACAGUUGGUACUGUAGUGUGCAAUUCAGGGGUGUGUGAAUGUUUAUUCCUGUGUAAAAUAUUACAAAAACAUGUGUUUAUGAUAUGUGAUGUUGUGAUAUUGCAUGUAAAUCAGUUUCUUUGCACAACAAGCUGCUUUAACCAUUGCCUAAAAGUAUUAGUCAGAUUUUGGUCCUGUAGAUGGGAAUGUGAAAAUAAUCCAACAGAAACAAAAUGAAUGUAAUAUUAGCGAAAUUAGCAUGAAAAUGACUCCAUA